GCACAGGCAGUUCAGUUGGGAAUGUAAUCUGCAUACACGAUACAGUGGAAAUGAUGCUGUCGAAAUGUAAACAUAGGUACGUGCUGUGCGCGCAGGUAAAGAUUUACUCCAGAUCCUCUCCUCUCUCAUGUGUCAGCGCUCUGUUCUGCGCCGCUGCUGCGUCUUUGCGCUCCGCUCCCUCUCUGCCUUUUCAGGGAGCAGCGCACCUUGUUUGGCUCAGUCGAGUCCCCAUGGUUCUCCUCCGCGCGUAAUGCGGACUUUCUCCAGCACCGGACAACAUUCAUAUCGGCAAACAGCCAACAGGCGGCUCAGUUCAUGGAUUGUUUCCAGGUCUGGAAAUUUAAUAAGGAAAUAAUUUCUUAUUCUCGAAGACUGAUAUUGUCCCUGGACAUAUAUUUUUACUUUUUUUCUGCGCAGUGCAAAGUGAACAAACCUUAAAAAUGUUAUUACACAGUAUGUUCAUCUCUGGAAGCUCGUGGUUGAAAUGGAUGGCCACAUUACUUCACUUGGGUCUGUUCCUGCAGCUGGUGGUGUGGGAAUCGACAGAGGCCAUCCACCCAGACUGCGCCGUGGUGGUCCAGCUCAUGAAGGCUCAGGAAGAAUGCAACCAGAUCCUCAAACGGGAGGAGAACAACCACUCCGCCAAGACAGGUUGUCCAACUGAGUGGGAUGAUAUUCGUUGUUGGUAUCAUGCUGAGGUGGGACAGGUGGUCAGCGUCUCUUGUGCCAACGUCUCCCAGCUGUUUGCUAAUAAUCAAGGUUACAUCUACAGGAACUGCACUGAGGAUGGAUGGUCCGAGCUCUACCCCUCCUAUGAGGAGGCCUGUGAGUUCACAGAGUACGAAGAGACAGAAUCAGAGACAACAUACUUCUCCAACUUCAAACAGGUGUACACCGCUGGCUACGCUACCUCCCUCGUCUCUCUUAUAUCGGCCAUUUUUGUCUUCACUGUGUUCAGGAAGUUUCACUGUACCAGGAACUACAUCCACAUCAACCUGUUCUUCUCCUUCAUCCUGCGAGCGAGCGCUGUCUUCAUUAAAGAUGGCGUUCUUUUUUCUGAUGAAAACCUGGACCACUGCUUCAUGUCUACUACAUCCUGUAAAUCAGCUGUGGCCUUCUUCCAGUUCAGUAUCCUGGCAAACUACUUCUGGCUGCUGGUGGAGGGCAUGUACCUGCAGACACUGCUUGCUCUUACCUUUGUCUUCCAGAAGAAGUACUUCUGGUGGUACAUACUCAUCGGCUGGGGUCUCCCAACAACAAUCAUAACAGCGUGGAUCCUCACUCGAAACUUCUACGAUAACAGGGGGUGCUGGGAUGACACAGAUGUGGCCUUCAUCUGGUGGAUCAUAAAAGCUCCAAUAACUGCAUCACUACUGGUGAACUUCAUCAUCUUCAUCAACGUGAUCCGUAUUCUGGUCCAGAAGCUGAGAUCUCCUGGUGUUGGUGGCAACGAUACCAGUCACUUCAAGAGGCUGGCCAAAUCCACUCUGCUUCUCAUCCCUCUGUUUGGGAUGCACUACAUGGUGUUUGCCAUGCUGCCAGAAAACACAGGAGCAGAGGCCAGAAUCUUCAUAGAGCUCGGUCUGGGAUCCUUUCAGGGAUUUGUUGUGGCCCUGCUCUACUGUUUCCUAAAUGGUGAGGUGCAGGCAGAACUGAAGAAGAGGUUUUGGAAGUGGCAGACUCAGAGUUACCUGAGCUACAGUAAACGACGGCGUACGUUGUUCACCGACAGCAGCACGGUCACUCAGAUAUCCGUCCUGGACAAAUCCAGCCCUAAAGAUCAGCCGGCCUUAGAAACACACAGGCUGACAUCCAGCAACGUCUCCACCGUCUGAGGAAUAUUCAACAGCGCUGGUCUUCACGUCCUGCUUGGUAUUUGGACGAUGUUCUAAGCAAGUGACUAAAUCUCAGAGCCUGAUUGUUGAAUGUUUAAGGUACCUUAACUUCAUGCAGUACGAAUUAUUUACAGAUUCCCACAUGGGCUGCCAAAUGUACACGUGUUACCUUAAGUCUAGCUUUUUUAUUCACAUAUCCCACACAUCUUUCAUGUUAAACUUUACCCCAUUUUUCACCUUACAGGCUUUAUUACAGAGCAGUCACAUCUUCUAUUGCCUUUUAUGUUUAUCAUAGGUUGCUAUUGGGGGCCCUCCUCCACAUCUUACUUACGCACCAAUAUCCCAACAUCAAACUAAAUCAGUUGUGUUAUAAAAUAAGUAAGAAUUAUGAUUAGUUUCUUGUGGCACUUCUGGUGCAAGUCUCAACUGCUUUGUUUCGUGGUAAAAUGUUGAGUUUGUGUUUUUUAUCGCCUUUACACACGCUAAGCCAUCCAUAAGGACAGUCAGAAAUGUCUUGCACCUGAGCUUAAUGGAGACUCUCAACUUUUUCAAGCUUUAAAAAAAUUAAACAAAUAAAAUAGAUUUUUUUAACAACCGGAAGACUGUCCUAACAAUAUUUUAGACCAGUCUUAAAUAUCUUCUCCUACCCUUGUGCCACUUGUUCUAAUUUUCAAGCAUGUGAUGUUCUUUAUGAGCAUUCAGUACAAAAUCACUCUAGUGAGUUUACAGCUGAUUAUCUUCCAGCUUGACCAGUUUACACCACAGGCCCUAAAAGGACACGUGUAACAUCCUCACAAUAUUUUGACCCAGGAAAAAACAUUAAUCACGACACAUGCACAUUGCUGCUCCUUAAUUUUGCAGAUCUACAUUCAUUUCUUUAAAUAGUUUUACCUUAAGGAUUUGUGCCAUUCUUUAGUCUGGAUGCUUCUCGCUGUGAUGUUAGUGUUAUUCUUGCUUUCACUGAUUCAGCUCCACUGAUCUCUUGAACGUUGGGUGGUACAGCAUAAUCAUGUUACAGAAGAGAGAAUUCCUAUAAAAAAUCAACAAAAACGUUCUUAGAUUUAUGGAACAAGCCCAUGCAACCAUCAGUGGCUCUGCAUGCAACAUGUUGCACAGUGCACUAGCGCACAUCUGGAGCACUAGACUGUAAAAGAUAUUAAAUUGUCAGAUAAUUGUUUUAAUGUCUUUGUGUGAAUGUACAUAGAGUUGAACUAGAGUUUACAUGUAUUUUAUGUCAGUACAAAAAAAUCAUAAAAAAUACAACUUAUUUUCAAAUAGAUUGUUGAAUUUGGUAUUUAUAUUUAACAUAUUUCUUGUAUCAUACAUGUAUGUUUUAUUCUUUUUUUGCUAUAAUAUUGCAAAAUGUGGAGAAAAUCAUACUGUACAUUUCCAUAUUUGUUAGCACAAGUUUAUUGAUGCCCAGUUAAUGAUUGCUGUGCUAAUGCUAAUCCAGAGUUUCCUCUGAGAAAUAAUUUUGGGAGACUAGAUGAGCUGUUUAAAGUUGAUGGCUCAGUGUUUGUGUUUCUAUGUAUUUCUGUGUUUCUACUUGGUAGGCAGUUAACAGCAUGCCUGGAAAUUCAUCAUUUGAAGGGGCAAUGCCACUUGACCUUUGGUGAUUUUUUGAGAGCACAAAGGCCAAAUGCCAGAGCAGCGAGGCCAUAAAACACAUCUACAGAAAUGAUACAUUUAACUUUUUAGGAGGAACUUAUCCCUAUCGUCUUCUGUCUUGUGGCUUUCGCUGCAAAGCCUUGACUGAACUGGUUUUGAGGAGGCGGAUGUGGGUUGGUGCUUUGUCAAAGUGGGCCAACAAAACAUCUCUCUCACUUUAGCUUUUGUAUAGUGGGCUGCUCAAGGGGCCCGCGAAGUGAUUUCUCACGGUGCCCCCGAAGGCCAAUUCAACUAUGGAUUCUUGUCGUACGUUUUCUCUAGUUUAUCACACUUUCUUACCUCCGCGUAGUCGACCUUGUCUUCUCAGUAGUCCACUCAAUCACAGCUUUAAUGUGACUCAUACCAGGCUCAAAAUCGACCCCGCCACUGGCUAUGUGCGCAGUGUUUUACUUGAUGUUGCCCAAUAAGAAUACAGAAUCUCAAAAACUGUGGCCACAGAGGGGCGUAACGGCAUGGCCCCUGGGAAAUUCCUGCCUUGCUUAACAAGUAUGUUCAGUACAGUAUAAAUACAUACAGUAUGUACAUGUAGAUACUGUAUGUAUCAUUCAUGGAAGAAAAUAUAAAUUACUCAGCUACUGACCACUACAGUGCCUUUACCAUAAAGUAAAACUGUUGUUUUGCUUUUUCUCUGCAGUUCAGGUGGAUUGACAUACAGUGGAUUUUGAAUUUGUGUAACAAAAUCAAAUAUUUAAGAUUGUGAUACUAUACCACGUACUUGAGUCUUUGUUGUGCAGCAUAACAGAUAUGCUUUUGUGUUGUGUCCGGUUUAAGAUGGACUGUGCUUAAAUGACAAAAAGAAAGCUUUCAUCAAAUUUCACAUUGUGCAGCAGAGAAGUGAAGGACGUUCUUAACUGAGCAUGCUCUGAUGUGAUGUUUUUGAAGGAAAGCUUGUCAUGUUGUGUCUGGACUUUUGCUUUUUGUAUUAUAUCCAUGUAAAUGUUAUUUCUCUUUUCUGACUUGAAAAAGUAAUGUUUCUUUUAGCGGUUCCGGUUUACUACACAAAUGCAAGUUUCUCAUAAGGUGUUUUCUUAUUUGGGCUGGUGGGUGAACAUUACAGGAUUAGGCGAGUGAUCGUCUGUUAUUGUCAACAAUACCAUUACAAGACCUAAAUUAAAAGGUUGUUAGUCUAUUUCACCAUACUUUGUGAUUACCCUACCCUGUCUGUGGCAGUCAGGCCCUAAACCAUUGGUUCCAACUAAAGAAAUGUCUAAAAAUUAUUAACAAACAAAGUUAUUUAAAAAAAAAUGCUCUAUAAUUUACUGGCCAAUGUAAUUUUUAAUGAAUGUUACUCAAACAUGAAUAAAUAGUGCAGUUGUUGCUACUAUUUUCAGAGGUGGAUUAAUAAACAUUUUAUAAAUUUUCUGUCCAAAACAUACAAGCCCCAAAAUACUCACUAGGGCACCAAAUGUAGAUUACCAGACCAGCUGUUUCCAGAAAUUCCUGAGCCUUUAAAAAAAUAAUAAGGAAAUUAAAUCUUAGGAAUAGUAACAAAUGCAAUAGUGUAGGAAAAUUGGGAAGUAUAAAGAGAUUAAUACGUAGAAUUUAUUCACAAUAAAAAAAAACACCAGCCUUACCCUUUAAACCAGAAGACUUCUGAAUAUUUAUGACACACAACAUUGAGCCAACAAGUUAAAAACAUUUAUUGUCGAUGCUUCCAAAUGUACAAAAAACCCUUCUAAUGUGUACACCGAAACAAGAUAAAACGGUGCACUGUGCAGUGAAAGAGGUGGAAUGAAAAAAGAAGAGCUCAUGAGCAGACAGAAGCAGGCUCACAGCUUAAGUUACUUUUACAUUCAGCCAUCAGUACACAAACUGCAUAACCCCAUUUUUACCUCUUAACUGAUUUAAACAGGCAAUUGGGACAAUGACGCAAUUCAAUAAAAAAACAACCACCAUCAAAAAGCUACAAAGAAACACAUUUAAAUCCAAUUUUCUUGUCAUGCUAUGCAGUAAAAAACAAUAAGAAAAGAAAAGAGUACAGCAGUUUUUAUGGCACUUUACUUCUCCUCAUGUCUGUAAAUAUUAACAUUCAAAGGAAAAGUAUUCGAUGGGUCCUGAUGGCACUAGAGCUACAAUUCGAUAAAUCGUUCACAGUUGAAAUCCAAUAUCCAUGUUCCAGCUUAUUAAUUGCCUCAUCCACUCAUCACAGCGGAUUCGAAAACAAGGACACAGUUCAGAUUCCCUUAAUGGCCUGAAAGCUCGACCCUCCCUUGUGAUUACAUCUGCUGGUCAAAUGAGAUCAAAAUGAUUUAACACGCAUGCAUCAGCCUAUUAGAGAGUACAGAGGCAUUACAGGAGGCUUUAUACUUUUAGCAAACACGAUCACCAUUAAAAUAAAAAUAUGAGAACAAUCACUGCGCAAUUUUUAAAAAUAAUGACAGCUAUUCACUUUUAACCACAGAAAACUCCAUUUACAAGGUACAAUGUUGGCAGCUUGUUUCUGUCUCACACAUUUAAACUGCAGUUUACUUAGUCACACAGGCUGGCUACAGACCUUUCAAACACUUCAUCUAACUACAGUACUUCAUACUCUCAAAACAACAGGUUCAAACGAAAAAGUAUUCUUGUAAUAAUAGCAACAUCUUUGUCUGACAUCAACAUAGUACUGGCAAUAUAAGGCUCCAACUCCCAUAUUAACACUAAAGGAAAUAAGUUUUAAAUACAAGACCUGGUGAGAUUGUCAUAAUGUCUUUAAUGAACUGGACUGAACAUUCAGCUGAACCAGAGCAGAGGUGGUGAUUUUCCAGCCCUUUCCCCCCAACAUCAGAAGAAGAAACAGGCCCCUCUUCUGGCUGCUGUUGGAUCUGCACUGUUAUUAUUUCAGGUCGCACUGAAACAUACACCGUAGAGCAACAGGACAAUACAGUUUCUGGUCAGCCCUUCUGUUCUCUCUUUGCCUUUGCCUGGUUCGCACCGAGUCCACCCAGAAAUAAUAAAUUUGGUAAUUUGCAAGAGAUGACAUUUUGAGUAAAACUGGACAAAUGUUUCUAUGUAAUUUUAGUAACUAAGUGUCCAGUAAAAGUCUGAUGGACAUUGAAAUAAAGUUGACUGAAAUGAUGUUGAAACAAAGGUUAUUUGUCAUCUAGAUGUAAGAAACUAAUUUAGCCCAGUUCCAGUCCAGUAACCUAGAUUUAGGGCCCACCAUUGAGGACGCUGCAGGCUCUCUUUACUGUUUGACUUACUACAUUUUAAAUUAAUUAAUUUUCUUCAGUUACUAAAUUUUAUUGUCUAAUUAGAACCUGAUACAAAGUUAAAUACAGUCUAUAAAAUUACUGUUGACAAAAAAAAUAUUAAAAUGAGAUUAACAUGGACAAGAAGUUCUUUAAGUUCUCAGAAAUUUGCAAUCUUCAAUUCAAUAGCAACUGGGUGACCUCUACUUACUGAUAAAUAUCAGAUACAGAACAACUUUUAAUGUAACUUGUGUUGAAUUCUCAAUUGACUUCUAAAAACGUUUACUUAUCAACCUAAUUAAGCAACAAAAUUUUUGUUUUUUACCUACAUGCACAGAGGACACAGAGGCCUUUUCUUAUUGUUUCUGGGAAUGUGGUGUUUUAAAAAAAAUAAUUUGAA